AUGGAGAUGUUGCAAUGUGCUUUGCGGGUCAUUCGAAAGCGUUACCCGCUCGCCUCCCUUCAAGAGGCAGGGGAGGCAAUCAAAGAAUAUCCGCCACGGGAAGCCGGCGAGCAAACAGAAGUGCCGCUGCAUGUCACCGGCGAAUGGAUCAAGUUGAUGGGGAUUGUAGCUUGCUCUACCAAUACCACGGAACAAAGGGUGUCGUCGUCGUUGUGGCUCUUUGCCAGAGGCGACCAAGCAGAAGUCGACGUGAUCGCGGAGUACCUCGGUUUAUUGCGAUUGUCUUAUCCGUCUCUUCGCUACAGUGAUCCUGUCAUGUUCACUUCUGACAGUACAGAAACAGCUGAGAGGCUCUACGGUACUUUAGACGCCACCACACUGAUCCCAUGCAACUACGACGGGGCGUGGUUUGCGGCCGUUUCCUAUGCAGAUUGCGUGCAGCUAUACGGAGUACAGGCUGGACGCAGCUCGGAACUGGAGCAACAGGUCCAGGGCUUCUUUCCUGGCCGUACGAUCUGUUUCUCCGAGCCACUUGUCACGACGUCGGUCGAGGCCACCGGAGCUUUGAUGUUAUUGAGCCUGCGGAUGCUGGCCGGCGGAGGUGUGCCUACACUGUGUACAGACACCGCAUUCCUUCAAAAUUCGCGAGCACGAAUAUUCAUAGAGCUUUUGACCGGAACCCUAGAUGCGAAGGAUUCUGAUGUUUCCGAGCGGCUCCAGCAAGCGCAGAUAGAGGAUUCUACCUUUUUUGACGCAGCAUUCAUACACGAAGACAGUUCGCCUUCGCCAGUCGGCUCAACCUUCACAGCGGAUAUAGGGAAUCGCGUCGGUUCAUUUGCGUUCGGUGCCUCCCCCUCGUCACCUCGGUUGUUUUCGCCCGCCGGAGGAAAGUCUCCAUCAACAGGACGAGGUUCAAGCGAGACUACUCAUGCGUCGCCCGAGGCCCCGCACCAUCCAUUAUUGCUCUCGCGCGCGGCCGGCCCUUCUCCUAAGGUCACCAAACUGCGUAGUGGUCUUGUUUUUGGCACGGGGAUGCGUGGAAUGUCGCCCCCCGUGCCGCCCCCCUCGCCGCCUCCUAUGUCCGAGGAGUGCAGAAUGAUUCUCAAUAUGCUGAGCGAGGCCGUGGCCUUUUACCGAAGCUCUCGCUCGUCGGGGAGCACCGAAUUGGCAGUGAUGUGGUCUGCUCUCAAGAAUGGCUCCAAGAGCGAGUUCUACCGCCGUUACAUUGGUUUGCUGUUCUACAAGGAGAUGACCCGCCUCGGCAGCGAUCAAGAGGUUGCUCUGCGUUUGAAGACCAGCAUCACCAAGCGCGAGCUGAGAGAGAUGAGGCGUCACCAGUCGGACUUUCAGAUCUGGCACGACAUCUGUGAUUUGCGCCAUGACUGGAGGUCGGGUCGAUACGCGCUUCUUUGUGCGCUGCCGGAAAGCUUCCAGGCAGGGCGAGCAUACCAAGACAUGUCGGAGCCGGAGUUUGAUGCUUACUUGAGCCUCAGUCCCCGGCCAGUCAUACCGAUAUCAAGAUGGGGACCCUUCAUACUCGCGUUGACCGUCAGGAUUCUGCAGGACGAAGCGAAUGAGAAAAAGGGCAUAGUGCAGAUUCUGCGCUUCGUUCAGGUUCCUGAUGUGGUCGGGUCUAUCGCCACAGCGGUGCAAAGUGCGGCUGCCAGCGUGGUGACUGCCGCGGUCGCAUCAGGCGAGUCUCUGGUCGCCGCAAGUCUGCCGUCUAGCGUGUCAGUGGGCACCAAGUACGCAUGCCUGGCUUCAGAAUGCGCCGCGAUUCCUGGCCAUGCCUUUCGUCUGCUGCAGGACCUGGCCCCACUUAUCCCUUCGCCCGAGGGUAUCGGGAAGCUGCAGGAGCUGGUAGAUAGAUGCCCAAACCUGGAGACCGUUCUGUUCGCCGGGCUCGGCUUGGUUCUGGUGUCGACUACACUACUACUUGCCGGCCUCAAGUUCAGGCUGCUCCGCUUCGUCUCGCUUGGGCUGGACGGUGUCGCUGUCGUCGUCUUCGCGGUAGUGGCGGUCUUUGCGGUCUCUCUUUACCAGACAUCUCAGGCUGUGGCAGACCUGCUUGGAGUCGAAGCGAGCAAAGGAGACGUUUUCGGAGCAUCGAUCGCAGAUUUCACGUACGUGAUCCCAGUGCCCCAGAGGAUAGUGCCUCCUACAUCAUCCCGCUGCAAUUCCUCACACGUCAUCUCAUCGUCCCAAGUCCUUUCGCAGGUGGCACUUCGACUAUACAUGAUCAGCAUGAGCGUCCGUGGUGUUGUGUCCCUUAAUAUCACAAUCGUUUUCGUCUCCGGACUGAGCGGGCUGGCGGGUAGACCACUCCACGACAUGAGGCAUCUCAUGCGUCUCAACACGGACUUUUGUCAGUCGGACGUACCAGAUGACCCGCCCAUGGUCAUUAGCCAGCAGACGUUGGAGGAGACGCUGUCGCGCCUCGGAAUCCCGCCCGCAAAGGUGCGAUCUGAAAGUCGGUCGAGAGGCAAGCUUGCGGCUCUCGUCGGCUGCGACGCCGCAGGGUCGGCCGUGGAAAACCCCCGUGAUGAUAACAACGUUUCCAAUCCGUUGUCCCGGAAGACCACGACAGCCGGACUGCAGCCUGUCAUCGAUCGCAUCAACUCGAGCAUCCAGAGACUCGAUCACCAGCUACGUGCUCUGAACGACGCACAAGAACGAUUGGGAAAGCUGGCAGCGUUGACAACAGAGGAGGUCGAUUGGGAUGAUCCCGUCACAAGAAUCCGGUCGGAGGAGGCGCUCUUCGACUGUGAAUCGGAUUGA